AUGUCUCAAACAAAGAAUUUCUUACACUUAAGAAAUAAGCUUAAUUGUCUCCACUAUUCUGACCCUCUAUCGAAGGAAAGUUGUGCUUUAGUAGGGAAAUUACUGGCUGAGAUAGCAAAAAUGACUGAGAACUUCCAGAAAGAAAAAACCAGAGCUGACACUCUUGAAAACACAGUCAGACAGGAGCAGAUUGCUCUCCUCCCUCUCCAGAAGGAGAACGCAAGAGUUGUCAGAGAGAAUAAUUCUCUUCACAAAGAGAUUAUCACUGUGAAGGAGAAUCUCGCUCAGAAUGAUAAUAGUUGGCAGAAGCAGUUCAGACAACUUGAGUCUGAAUAUAAUGACAUCAAGAACGCACUGAAAAUGAAGGACUUUGAACUUAAGAAUCUUAGGAAUAGAAACAGAAAAUUAGAAGAAAAAUUAGGCGGAAUAGUCAAGCAAAAUACAAUGACAAAUGGUUGGCAAGUUGCCCCAUCUUACUCACAACAAGAGAAUGAAGAAGAGCCAACAUCGCGCCCUAAAAUGGAAAUGACUUACAUGCUCGAAAAACAGACAAGUAGGGAGUUAGAAAGCGCUGAAGAGGAAAAUCUUUUUAAUCAAGUUUGUGAAGCAGACACUCGUCUUCAGAUCACACAUAAUGAAUUAAACGCUUACCGUCAGCUUAAGGAAGAAACUGACUUAAAGUUCAAACAACUUGAAUCCAUGAUUCAUGAAAGAGAUAAAGAAAUCUCUCGACUGAAUAACCUCUACACUGGUACUGAAACCACCGUACAAGCAGCUUUCCAUGAAAAAGACAAUCAGCAAACUAUUGCAAAGCUUAAUAGUCAACUUGACUUUAUCAACAAAGAAAACAACAGACUUCAAUCAAUCAUUGAAGGCCUGAAAACAAGGAAGAAGUCUGCACCUGGUCUUUAUAAAGAGAAUAGAAAAGCUGGCUCCAAACUUGAGAAGCUUCAAAAGGGUAAAUUUAUUUCGAGAGCUUUAGAUAAUGAGCAAUUAAGAAGACAAAACGAGGCUUGUGAGAACCAAAUCUCUCAACUUCAACAAAAAGAAACAAGUCUUACUAAAGGCAUUCUUCUCAAUUAUGUUGAUAAAAACAAAUAUCUUGCUGCUCUGCAAACAAUUUCUUUACACGAACAGCAAUGAGCGAAGUUGAAAACUCUGAUCACUGCUCUCGAAAACCAGCAGAAACUUCAAACUCUCAGCACACUCAAGAAGUCUUUUGAUCUAGCUUAAAUUUG